GCGGGACUUUUUUUUUUAAUUUUUUUUUUAGUAUUUUAUCAAGCAAGUUUUUUUUUUAUUCUUCUUCUUCUUCUUGUUUUAUUAUACUUUUUUUUUUUCAUAUAAAAUGUUUACCGAUAACAAGCAAUCUCAUACUCCUAUUCAAUUCCCUAUGCAAUGGGUCGCCAACAUGGAUGUUGAUGUUCAACCUACUGCUGCCCGUAAGACCUCUGUCAUCUGUACCAUUGGUCCCAAGACCAACAGUGUCGAGAAGCUCACUGAAUUAAUUGAUGCUGGUAUGAACAUUGUCCGUAUGAACUUUUCUCAUGGUGACUAUGGUUACCACAAGUCUGUCCUUGACAACGCUCGUGCUGCCGCUUCCGGUCGUCCCGAUAAAGUCAUUGCUAUUGCUCUUGAUACCAAGGGUCCCGAGAUCCGUACCGGUAUGAUGGCUAACGAUACUGAAGUUGCUAUCUCUAAGGGUCACGAAAUGAACUUUACCACUGAUGAAAAGUACGAGAACGCCUGUGAUGGAGAGAACAUGUAUGUCGAUUAUAAGAACUUGCCCAAGGUUAUUGAGGUUGGUAAGAACAUUUUCGUGGAUGAUGGUGUCCUUUCCUUCAAGGUCAUCUCCAAGGGAGAGGACUUUGUCCGUGUUCAAGCCGAAAACAAUGGUAAGCUUUGUUCAAAGAAGGGUGUCAACCUUCCCAAGACUGCUGUUGAUCUUCCCGCUUUAUCCGAAAAGGAUAAGAACGAUCUUCGUUUUGGUGUUGAGAACGGUGUUGAUAUGAUCUUCGCCUCUUUCAUCCGUCGUGGUCAAGAUGUUAAAGAUAUUCGUCGUGUUCUCGGUGAUAAGGGUAAGAACAUCAAGAUCAUUUCCAAGAUUGAAAACCAUCAAGGUAUUAUCAACUUUGAUGAGAUUCUUGCCGAAACUGAUGGUGUCAUGAUUGCUCGUGGUGAUAUGGGUAUUGAGAUUCCUUGUGAACGUGUCUUUGUUGCUCAAAAGAUGAUGAUUGCCAAGUGUAACUUAGUUGGUAAGCCCGUUGCAUGUGCCACUCAAAUGCUUGAAUCCAUGACUUUCAACCCUCGUCCUACUCGUGCUGAAGUCUCUGAUGUUGCUAACGCUGUUCUUGAUGGUGCUGAUCUUGUCAUGCUCUCUGGUGAGACUGCUAAGGGUUCUUAUCCUAUUGAAGCUGUUCAAACCAUGACUGCCACUUGUGAACUUGCUGACUCCGUCAUCUGUUAUGCUCCUCUCUUCAACCAACUCCGUGGUUUAACUCCCUGGCCCACUGAUACUACUGAGACUGUUGCUUGUGCUGCUGUCUCUGCUGCUGCCGAACAAAACGCUGGUGCCAUUAUUGUUUUAUCCAAAUCUGGUCACUCUGCUCGUCUUGCCAGUAAGUACAGACCUGCCCAACCUAUUAUCCUUGUCACCCGUGAAGAACAAACUGCUCGUCAAUCUCAUCUUCACCGUGGUGUCUUCCCCUUUGUCUACUCUGGUGAUGUUAUUACCAAGUGGGACGAAGAUGUUGAAUCUCGUAUCAAGUGGGGUAUUCAACAAGGUAAGAAGUCUGGUCUUAUCAAGUCCAAUGAUCCCGUUGUCAUCGUUCAAGGUUGGAAGGGUGGUCUUGGUAAUACCAACACUGUUCGUGUCUUGAUUGCCCCAUAAAUAACUCUUUUUUCCUUUGCUCUCUCUAUUUUCCCCCCCUUUAAACCUCAUCUUUUGUAAUUUAUAUAUAAACUUUUCUUCUACAUCUCCAUUAAAAAAAUUAUGUCCACACUAUAAUUGUUACACACAGUCCAAUGCAUUUCGUUUUUUUUGAUUUUCUGUGACGGUCUGGUCACACGAUGUAACCUUAUAAAGUGAUGAUUUCUCUU